AUGGAAGAUCCAAGCAGCAAUCUGGGGGACAGCACUGGGGCCCUGGCAUCCCGGCGCAAAAGGACUGUUUGGGACGCCUGGCAGCAGGAGGCGCUGCUGACAGCUUUCGCCAGGAACCCUUACCCGAGCUUCAGGGCCAGGCAGGACCUGGCCAGCGAAAUGGGGCUGCCUGAGUCCCGCAUCCGCGUGUGGUUUCAGAACCGCCGCAAUCGCACAAGGGAUGAGCGCCCAGGCCCCGAGGGGGCACGAGGUGGAAGAAGAAGGCCCGAGGAGGGACGCACCAGGCUUCGCACUCGACUCAGCCCUGCACAGCAGACCAUCUUGCUCCGAGCCUUUGAAAAGGACCCACGCCCGACAUAUGAUGCCAGGGUGAAGCUCGCCCAAGAGACCGGUUUGCCUGAGGACACAAUCCACAUCUGGUGUCAGAACCCGAGAGCACGCCACCCUGGUGGUGGCAGGGGCACAGCUGGAGGUCAAGACUCGCUGGCAUUGGGGCCGCCGCCUCCACCGCCCCAGCUGUCGCUGCCUCUGCCUCCACCGCCUCGGAGCCCACAGCCUUCACCUGGGCCCACUGGGGAACCGGAAGGAGCACCAUGCGGCUGGGAGACGGAGCAGCAUGCCCAAGACAGCCUGUUGCCACCGGCCGCUGCACUAGUCGUGGGCGUCCAGACUCUGAGUCCGCCCUCCCCAACAGCCUCCUUCCCGGCGUCCCCACCUGCAGCAGCGGCACAGCCCUCUGGACCAUGCCACCAAGGCCACCCGGAACCCAACCCGGUGGCAGGCAACACCUUCACGGUGGACGAUGUCGAGCUCAUGCUUGACCAGCUGCUGACGGAACUCCAGGCUGAACAGGAGGACCAGGACACUCUGGAUCCCCACGUCCCGUGGGAGGACAUUGAUCCAACCCUUGACUUGCCCCUGGACCAACAAGAAUACCAGACCCUGCUGCUGGAUCUGCUCUGA